CUACGAAUUAUCUGACAAAAUGAUAUUUGAGGCGAUUUAAUUUUGUAAAACAAAAGAAACCGUUGCAUAUGAAUACGGUGUGGAAUUUGCAAAGAAGGAGUAAAAGAAGAGUUUGCACUUAUAUAUCACAAGAAUUCAGUUUCCAGUGCAUCCCAUUGGUCAGCAAGAAGGAGUGCAGUUAUUAACAUUAAAUAUCUGUCCCUAAAGUGCUUCUGCAGUGAAAAGUCAUUCAACUGGUGGUAGUGUCAUUCUCGCUGGCACAUUUUCUUGUGAGUCAGAUUGAUGUAAUUUUAGGCACUGCAGAUCGUCAUCAGGUAAUUCUUUUUUCAUUAUUUUUCAGAAAGUUUUCGGAAUACCUUUCAGUUAUAUUAAUGUAUUUCGGAACGGUCAAGAGUGCUUUGUACUAGAAAGUGGUCACUUCGGAAGCUGUUAUCAUACUUGUGUUUUCGUCAGGAAUAAAAGAUGCAGGCUGAUCUUUCACACUAUUCGCACACCAUUGAGUGUAAUUUUUUGAUUGAGCGCUUGCAGCGAUGUUAUACUGAUCAUCCUUUUGGGAAAUUUUUUGGCUACUGUGAUAAAGAGGCAAGUGAUGUUGCUCUCUGUUGCCACGAAGAACGAGUUCUAAAAAGGAAAAGUAAUCCACGAUAUUCUCCGAGGCCAGAGGAGAAUCAUUGUUUGCCAGAGAGUUCAUAUACAGCAACUCUAAAGAAACUGAAAGAAGAAGAUUGUGAGCGGCGACGUUUUCGGCAAUCAGAAAUAUCCUGA